UCCUUCGAAAACUGCUUGUCGGGAAAAAUUUUUGUCCCCAUAUUCUCACAAAAAUUUCAUUGACCAACGAAAAUGGUCAGUCACUGUGUCUUCUCGGCUAAAUUGUCUAACACUGCACCUUGCUUCCACGCUAAAGUAAACGGCCAGUGGCCUCAGCAUCUUGCCUUGGGUGUAAAGCCAGUGCAUGUAAGACCAAAUGCCAGCAGAGUAAUAGCAACUUCGGAUGUUGACAAAUCAAUUAAAAUUCCCCAUCAGUGGUACAAUCUAAUUGCAGAUCUUCCUGUUAAACCUCCUCCGCCAUUGCAUCCUAAGACUUAUGAACCAGUUAAGCCAGAAGACUUGUCUGCUCUUUUUCCUGAUGAACUGAUCAAACAAGAGGUGACUAGUGACAGAUUCAUCAAUAUACCAGAUGAAGUUCGAGAUGUUUACAGUCUUUGGCGACCAACCCCUCUUAUUAGAGCCAAGAGGCUGGAGAAGCUUCUCGAUACACCUGCCAGAAUUUACUACAAGUAUGAGGGUGUAAGCCCGGCAGGAUCACACAAACCCAACUCUGCUGUUCCACAAGCCUGGUAUAAUGUUCAAGAAGGCAUCAAGAAUGUUGUGACUGAAACUGGUGCUGGACAGUGGGGAAGUGCAUUAGCCUUUGCAUGUAGCAUAUUUGGACUUGGCUGUGAGGUGUGGCAAGUUCGUGCAUCUUUUGAUCAGAAACCAUAUCGAAGAUUGAUGAUGCAAACUUGGGGUGCAAAAGUACACCCAUCUCCAUCUGCAGUCACCGAGGCAGGGCAAAGAAUCCUUGAAAAGGAUCCAUCAAGCCCUGGAAGUUUAGGAAUAGCAAUAUCAGAAGCUGUAGAGGUUGCAGCUAAAAAUGCCGAUACCAAGUACUGCCUGGGAAGUGUGCUCAAUCAUGUUUUACUACACCAAACUGUUAUUGGAGAAGAAUGCCUUCAACAAAUGGAAGCUAUUGGAGAAACCCCCGAUGUCAUCAUAGGAUGCACUGGUGGUGGCUCCAACUUUGCUGGGCUUAGUUUUCCGUUCAUUCGAGAGAAACUCAAUGAGAAAAUUAACCCUACUAUAAGAGCAGUUGAACCUGCAGCUUGUCCUUCUUUAACAAAAGGAGUAUAUGCAUAUGAUUAUGGAGAUACAGCAGGGAUGACUCCGUUGAUGAAAAUGCACACACUUGGACAUGACUUUGUUCCUGAUCCAAUUCAUGCCGGGGGUUUGCGCUACCAUGGAAUGGCUCCAUUGCUGUCGCAUAUUUAUGAGUUGGGAUUUAUGGAAGCAAUUGCAAUUCCACAGACUGAGUGCUUUCAUGGUGCAAUACAGUUUGCCAGGUCUGAAGGGUUGAUACCAGCUCCUGAACCUACUCAUGCUAUCGCGGCAACUAUUAGGGAAGCUCUUCGCUGUAGAGAGACUGGAGAGGCCAAGGUCAUUCUGACAGCAAUGUGUGGACAUGGCCAUUUUGACCUGUCAGCUUAUGAGAAGUAUUUGCAAGGUGAUAUGGUUGACCUCUCAUUUUCACAGGAGAAGGUUCAGGCUUCGCUGGCCAAUAUUCCUCAUCUGAUUGCCUGAAUUAUUGAAUGAGUAAAACUAUAGAAGACACUUAGGAAUUAGGAAAAGGCAUGUUUGUCUUCCUCUUUUAAAUCAUAAUUUUUGUCAACACUUGUCGGCAUUUUCCUGUUAUUCAGCGAUCCUUCAGGUUCCAUGAGAAAGUUUUUUAAACUUCUCAUCUGAAAACCAUAGAUCACGGAGUUGUAGCCCUAGUAUUAACUAUGUAUGUGCCAUACUGGAAGAGUAUUAAUAAAGUUACUUGGAACUUCUGGUGAAUAAGACCAAAUUUCUUCUUUCUUGAUACUAUAUCAUCUGAUGUGCAUUGUUUAGAAA